GUUUCCUUUUCGCGCCUCUCAAAAGUUCACAUCGAGUCGCUGUAGAGGGACAUUCCAUCCACGCCCUCAUUGCUACAGUCUCGGUUCCAUCGUCCUCAUCAACGAAUCAAGAGGUAAUUGGUCGUCUCGCCACUCUCUGCUCAGUCAAUCUUUCACGUCCCGCAGACUGAGUCUCAUGGUCGUCCCUUCUCUUCCUUAACAUUUCUGUGCCACUCACUCGAUCCAAACCGUGCCCUGACAAUCUCUCCUUUGCCCUCGCGCCACGGCGGCGCCGCCCUCGCCAUAGCGUCUACUGUCCUCCGACCAUACUCCCAGCACUCAUCGUUGACCGCAAUCCCACAUCCUCGCCAUGGCCGACUAUGAAGACACAAAGUACGAUCCGAAUGGCUACUAUGGCGAAAAUGGCGCCGAAUAUGCCAACGGCGAUUUCGAACCCGAAGACAUCACCUCAGAAGAUUGCUGGAAGGUCAUCAAUUCAUUUUUCGAAAUCAAAAAGCUUGCUUCUCUUCAGAUCGACUCCUUUAAUCACUUCAUGAGAUCCUCCAUGCAGGACCUGGUCAACGAGAAAGGUGGAGUUGUUCUGGACCAUGCGCAAAACGUCGACGAAGAUGAUCCAAAUCCUGUCGUCAUCAAGAGACACGAGGUUAAGUUUGGCAAAGUUACCCUUAGCAAGCCUAACAUGGUGGAAGGAGAUGGAGUUACAACAGAUUGCAUGCCUCACGAGGCUCGACUCCGAAGUUUGACCUACGCCAGCCCUGCCUACAUUCGUAUGACACGAAGAACAUACUACGCGAAAGAAAAGCCCUGGGAGGAUCAGACCGAAGAUAUGGGGGUGAUGAAAGAGGACGGUUCGGGUUCUCAACUUUUCUGGAGGGAAAGCUCAGAUGAAGACGACUAUGACAUUGACCGCGAGGUCUAUAUUGGCAAGAUCCCCAUCAUGGUGAGAAGUAUGACUUGCCAUCUUAUGAGCGAGAGGUUCCAGUCGGACAAAGAUCUCUUCGCCUGGGGCGAGUGCCCCUACGAUCAAGGCGGUUAUUUCAUCAUCAACGGCAGCGAGAAGGUCCUCAUCGCCCAGGAGAGGAGUGCUGGAAAUAUCGUCCAAGUCUUUCAGAAGGCCGCUCCAGCCCCCUUUACUCAUCUUGCAGAGAUUCGUUCGGUUAUUGACCGCGGAAAUCGCAUGAUGUCUCAAACCACCGUCAAACUUUUCCGGCGACAAGACGGACCUGACGGUACAAAGAUCGAAAAUCCUAUCAGAGUCCAGCUCCCCUAUGUCAAACAAGAUAUCCCUCUCGUCAUCGUUUUCAGGGCUCUGGACAUCGUGUCUGACGCGGACAUCUUGGAGAAGAUCUGUUUCGAUCAGAGUGACAAAGAGAUGAUCGACAUGCUCAUGGGAUCAUUACAAGAGGGUCAGCCUAUUCAAGGUGCUGACCUGGCUAGAGAUUUCAUCGCUCGGCGUGGCAACAAUCCCACCUUGAAGUCCCAUGAACGUCAAAAACAUGCUUUGGACAUCUUGCAGAAGGAGUUCCUUCCUCACAUCGGCAACUCGCCCGACGCCACCGCGAGAAAAGCCUUCUUCCUUGGCUACAUGGUCAAUCGACUUUUGAAAUGUGCUCUUGGUCGAGCAGAACCCGACGACCGUGAUCAUCUGGGAAAGAAGCGUCUCGAUUUGGCAGGUCCACUUAUGAGCAAUCUCUUCCGUUCGACCUUCGACAAAGCGACCAAAGACUUCUAUCGGUACAUGCAAAAGCGCGUCGAAGCUGGGCAGCCCAUCAACAUCACUAUCGGUUUCAAGCAUACAAUCAUCACGAGCGGCUUGAAGUACUCGCUUGCCACAGGAAAUUGGGGUGACCAGAAAAAGCUAGACAAGGCAAAGGCCGGUGUGUCACAAGUGCUUAAUCGAUAUACCUUUGCUUCCACCCUGUCGCAUCUUCGACGAACCAAUGCCCCAAUCGGCCGUGAAGGGAAAAUUGCCAAACCGCGACAAUUGCACAAUACGCACUGGGGUUAUGUCUGCCCGUCAGAAACCCCCGAAGGUCAAGCAUGUGGUUUGGUCAAGAAUCUGUCACUUAUGUCUAUGGUCACUAAUUCUUACGAAACUGGUCCACUGCUCAACUACAUCCUGCAGAAGCACGUUGAGCCUCUGGAAGACUGGGAGCCGCGGCUAAACCCUAGAGCCACCAAGGUCUUUGUUGACGGGGUUUGGUUUGCCGUUGUACUCCGUGAACCUAAACGUCUGGUUGAUGAUCUUCGCAAGCUCCGACGAAAGGGCAUCUUCGACCCACAAGUCAGUCUGGUUUGGGACAUUCGAGAGAAGGAGUUCAAUAUCUCGGGUGAUGCUGGUAGGAUUAUUCGCCCAUUGUUUGUCGUUGAGAACGACCCUUCUGCAGACAACCGCGGCGAUCUUGUCCUCAACAAAGACCACAUCACGAGACUCGACCAGACAGCAUAUUUACGUGAAAGCGGGUUCCAAUUCAAUGAUGAAGUUCGACCCUACGGCUGGGAAGAUCUGUUGAACUCUGGUGUCGUUGAGUAUCUCGAUGCCGAAGAAGAGGAGACAGCCAUGAUUGUCAUGACGCCCGAGGCGUUGGCUGAUUCCAAGGCCAGAUCGAUGGGCAUGGAGAUUGAGCAAGAUGAUGAUCCUCUGAGGAGAAAUGAUCCCUUGUUAAAUCCUCACUCGCACACUUUCACCCACUGCGAGAUUCAUCCCAGUAUGAUCUUGAGUGUGUGUGCAAGUAUCAUUCCAUUCCCCGACCACAAUCAAUCGCCACGUAACACAUACCAGUCGGCCAUGGGCAAGCAAGCCAUGGGUGUGUUUUUGACUAAUUUUGAUCAACGCAUGGAGACCAUGGCCAAUAUUCUUUACUACCCGCAGAAGCCCCUGGCCAGGACCAUGUCUAUGGAUUAUCUCAAGUUCAGAGAACUUCCCGCUGGGCAGAACGCCAUUGUGGCCAUUGCAUGUUAUUCCGGAUAUAACCAGGAAGAUUCCGUCAUUAUGAACCAAAGCUCGAUCGAUCGCGGAUUGUUCCGAUCGCUGUUUUAUCGUGUGUACAAUGACCAGGAGAAAGCGGUUGGACACUCUGUCGUCGAGCAAUUUGAGAAACCGACAAGGUCCGAUACCCUUCGCCUGAAACAUGGCACUUAUGACAAGAUUGAUGAAGAUGGAAUUGUCGCUCCAGGAGUUCGUGUCAGUGGAGAGGACAUUAUCAUCGGAAAGACGGCACCUAUGGCGCCGGAUGCAGAGGAGUUGGGUCAACGACAGAAGCACCAUGUCAAACGUGAUGUCUCAACGCCACUGCGAUCAACCGAGUCUGGCAUCGUGGAUCAAGUCAUGUUGACGACCAAUUCUGAAGGACACAGAUUUGCCAAGGUUCGAGUGCGGACCACCAAAGUGCCCCAGAUUGGUGACAAGUUUGCUUCUCGUCACGGGCAAAAAGGCACCAUUGGCAUCACAUACCGACACGAAGACAUGCCAUUUACGCGGGAAGGGAUUGUACCCGAUCUCAUCAUUAACCCGCACGCCAUUCCUUCUCGAAUGACAAUUGCACAUUUGAUUGAAUGCCAAUUGUCAAAGGUGGCAAGUCUACGCGGCGAUGAGGGAGACGCUACACCUUUCACUAAAGUGACGGUGACACAGGUAUCGGAGCUGUUGCGCAAGAUGGGUUACCAGUCUCGUGGGUUUGAGGUCAUGUACAACGGACACACCGGUCGGAAGUUGGUGGCUCAAGUGUUCCUUGGGCCGACGUACUAUCAGAGAUUGAGGCACAUGGUGGAUGACAAGAUCCAUUCACGUGCUCGUGGGCCAACGCAGAUCUUGACACGACAGCCAGUGGAAGGUCGUGCGCGAGACGGUGGUUUACGAUUCGGCGAAAUGGAACGUGAUUGCAUGAUCGCUCACGGAGCCAGUUCGUUCCUGAAGGAGCGACUGUUCGAUGUGUCGGAUCCAUUCCGAGUGCAUGUUUGCGACAUUUGCGGACUGAUGACGGUGAUUGCCAAAUUGAAGAAGAAUUCAUUCGAGUGCAAGAACUGCAACAACAAGAACAAAAUCAGUCAAGUUCAUCUGCCGUAUGCGGCCAAGUUGCUAUUCCAGGAACUUUGGAGCAUGAACAUCGCGGCCAGAUUGUAUACGAAACGAGGAUAAGAUGGCUGUGGAAGAGAAGCCUAUUGAUCUGGCGCACAGACAACUUAGGCUGUCUAUUAAUCAAUGACGGCUUACGCUGAGCUUUGGACUAGGUUGGAUGAGACUAAGCUUCACAGGACUUUCGGCUGAGGCGGGUUGUUCGGGUCACACGUUUUACUCUCAGCGUGCAAAAAGCGUGGCCCUGAAAAGAUACAUUUGGCGGGCCAAAGAACGGAAAGUCGCAGAGUAGACCAGAGGAACACGAAGCGUCCGAUCUAUGAGUGAAGGAGUUUGCCUGCGCAGGUGCUACCUUUCUUUUUCCAACUUUGAAUUUGUUUCAUGUACCAACAAGGCGAGGAUGAAAAAGCAUCAGAGGUUGGUUGCAAAGAAAGCAUGAAGGGUCUGGAGAGCGUAUCGUAUUUACGACAAGGCUCUAGUAUGGUUCGCGAUGCUUUGGUCUGUAGAUACAGAAAUGGCAGACCCAGAACCACAGUCUUCUACCAGAGGGUGUCGAGUAUUUUGUGACUGGUACUAGUAAGAACUCGGUAGUACUACCUUAUGUAGGGAGUAGAAUGCAUCACGGCAUUCUUUAUCUCUGAUUAUGUGGAAACUUGCCGUCACCCCUUGGCAAGUACCCAGUGGUGC